AUGGCUUCCGCCAGGGGCUGGGGGCUGCUGUGGAUGCAGGGUGAAGAAACCGGACGCCCCCGGGCCCGUAGCAGCCGACACCACAUCCUCUGCCCUUUUCCCGGCCAGUGGAGAGCGGUCAGCUCGUCCACCGCCCCGCCCCUGUCGGCCCAGCGCUCCCCACCCGCUCCCGCCGUCCCCUCGGUGCCGCCCUUGCCCAGGACCGGGGAAUCGAGCGUCAUCGCGUUUUCCCCUCACCACCACCCGCGCAACAGGAACCCCACCCCGAGACCUGAAGGGGGAGGGGCCUGCGCGCUGACGUCACCACAGCCCACCCUGACGCGGCCGAGUGGGCGGGGCCCGCUCCCGCCUUUCUACGUCACCGCAGUGGGCGGGGCCUGCUGGGCGGGGCCGACACGCGCGCGUCCCGCCGACGUCACCGCGGCCCACCCGGCCGCUCCAGAGCGGGCGGGGCCCUCGCGCGCCACGACCUACGUCACCGCCGACCCCCCCUCCGGCCCCGCCCCCUCGACGUCGGGCCGAGUCGGCGCAGGCGCAGUCGGUGGUGCCGCCGCCGCCGAGGCCGAGGCCGAGGCCGAAGGCGCAGCCGAGGCGAAUGGCGGCCCCGGCGCUCGGCUGUCCGCGCCGCCUGCCCCACCUGCCGCGCCUCCUCCUCCGCCGCCGCCCUCCGGGCUCCAGCCCGGGCCCGGUGGCGGGGCCGGGGCCGGGGCCGGGGCCGGGCUGGGCGGGGGCGUCGCUGGAGCCUCCGGCCGAGGAGUCGCCGCCGGCCGCCCCCGCCCCGCCCCCGACUGGCUGGCGGCGCUGCGCUUCGACAACCUGGCCCUGCGCGAGCUGCCGGUGGAGGAGCCCGCCGAGGCCCCCAACGCCGGCCCGGUCCCCGGCGGGGCCGCCGCCGCCCCGGUGCCCGACCCCGCGCCCCGGCCCGUGCCCGGCGCCUGCUUCAGCCGCGUGCGCCCCACCCCGCUGCGCGGGCCCCGCCUCGUGGCGCUGUCGGAGCCCGCGCUGGCGCUGCUGGGGCUGGCGCCCGGGGCGGGGGCCGGGGAGGCCGAGCCCCCGGCCGAGGCGGAGGCCGAGGCGGAGGCCGGCGGGGAGGCGGAGGCCCGGCGGGCCCGCGAGGCCGAGGUGGCGCUCUACUUCAGCGGCAACGCGCUGCCCCCCGGCGCCGACCCCGCCGCGCACUGCUACUGCGGACACCAGUUCGGCAGCUUCGCCGGCCAGCUGGGGGACGGCGCCGCCAUGUACCUGGGCGAGGUCCGCGGCCCCGGCGGCCGCCGCUGGGAGCUGCAGCUCAAGGGCGCGGGGCCCACCCCCUUCUCCAGACACGCCGACGGACGCAAGGUCCUGCGCUCCAGUAUCCGGGAGUUCCUGUGCAGCGAGGCCAUGUUCCACCUGGGCAUCCCCACCACCCGGGCCGGGACCUGCGUCACCUCGGAGUCCGCCGUCAUCCGCGACGUCCACUACGACGGAAACCCCAAGUACGAGAAGUGCGCCGUGGUGCUGCGCAUCGCCUCCACUUUCUUAAGGUUUGGCUCCUUUGAGAUUUUCAAGCCCAGGGACGAGCACACGGGGCGGCAGGGCCCCAGCGUGGGCCGGAACGACAUCCGCAUCCGCAUGCUGGACUACGUGAUCGGCACCUUCUACCCCGAGAUCGAAGAAGCCAACGCGGACGACACCGUGCGGAGGAACGCCGCCUUCUUCCGCGAGGUGACGCGGCGGACGGCGAGGACGGUGGCGGAAUGGCAGUGCGUCGGCUUCUGCCACGGGGUGCUCAACACCGACAACAUGAGCAUCGUGGGGCUCACCAUCGACUACGGGCCUUUCGGCUUCAUGGACAGGUACGACCCCGACCACGUCUGCAACGGGUCGGACGAGGUGGGCCGCUACGCGUACAGCCGGCAGCCCGCGGUCUGCAAAUGGAACCUGCGGAAGCUGGCCGAGGCCCUGGCCCCGGAGCUGCCCCUGGAGCUGGGCAUGGCCAUCGUGGACGAGGAGUUCGAGGCCCAGUUCGAUCGGCACUACCUGUACAAGAUGAGGAAGAAGCUGGGACUUAUUCACCUGGAACUGGAGGAGGACGCCAAACUGGUCUCGGACCUCCUGGAAACCAUGCGUCUGACGGGAGCUGACUUCACCAACGCCUUCCGUCUGCUGAGCUCCUUCUCCGUCACCGCCGACCCCGGCGAGGAGGGGGACCUCCUGGACAGGAUCGGGGAGCAGUGCGCUUCCCUGGAGGAAAUGAAGGUCGCCUUCAAACCCCAGAUGGACCCCAGGCAGUUGUCCAUGAUGCUGAUGCUGGAGCAGUCAAACCCGCAGCUGUUCACGCUGAUCGGCACCCGCUCCAGCCUGGACAAGGAGCUGGAGCGCGUGGAGCAGCAGUCCAGACUGCAGACGAUAACGCCGGCCGAGCUGCUGGAGGGGAGCAAGGCCCUCUGGGAGCAGUGGCUGGAGAAGUACCGGGCCCGGCUCCAGAAGGAAGUGGAGAGCGUGGGCGGCGCGGAGAGCUGGGCCGAACAGCGGGUGAAGACCAUGAACUCCAACAACCCCAAGUUCAUCCUGAGGAACUACAUCGCGCAGAACGCUAUCGAGGACGCCGAGAACGGAGACUUCAGAGAGGUGAGGAAGGUGGCGAAGCUGCUGGAGCAUCCCUACCGGGAGGAAGAGGGCCCGGACGACGGGGAGGGCACCGCCGACCGCUCCGUCCGCGGCCUGGCGUACGGCGGUAAGCCCCCGCACUGGGCGGCCCAGCUGUGCGUGACGUGAUCCUCGUAACCGCCUUGCACCGGUCGCCGCUGGGGCCCCGCCCCUGCCCCAGCGGAGAUGACAGCGCAAGGCCUUCCCCCCGACGCCGUGCUGUUGAGUCUACCGAACGGACUGUUUGGAUGCCCCUCGUCUGGGCCCGGGCCCGGCGGCGGGGCCGAUCCCGGCCCCCCCCCCGCGCCCCCGGCGCUCGCCCGGGCCCAGGCGGGACCCCGGCCUCCAAGCACCCGUUUUUUUAUGAAGACAAAAACCUCAAGUCAGGCCGCUGAUCCGUUUUUGUCCGACGGCGAGUCAACAGUGCCGCUUCGGCCCUGCCAGCGCCGCCCCCCGCCCCCCCCCGCCGCCACAGCUGGCAGCGCCCGCUUUCCGCUUAGUGAAGUGCUUUGCCCAGCUGGUCCGGUGUCGCCUCGCCCGUGAGCGCGGCCGUAGGAAGGGGAGGCGCGGGGCGGCGGCCGGAGCGCGGGGCGGCCGGAGACCUCGGCUCUCGGUCGCCCCGCCGCCCCGCCACCGCCCCGGCCCCCCGUCCGCGGCCGCCUCCCGGCCCGGCUCCCAGCUGCGACGGUGGCGCAGGGGACGGGUUCCCGUCUCGGGCCGACCCUCCUGCCCCUGCCCCCCGACCCCCCGCACCCCUUCCCCCCGACCCCAAGCCGGACUCCAGCCUUGGAGAGGGCUCGUCGAAGCUGCUGAGUGACUUAUUCCUUUACUAUAAAGGCAAACUCCGAUGCCGA